AGAAUUCAGAAAAUGCUCAAUUUCACCGAUGUGACAGAGUUUAUUCUUUUGGGAUUAACCAGUCAUCAGGAAUGGCAAGUUCUCUUCUUCGUCAUUUUUCUUGCGGUCUAUAUUGUCACCGUGGUGGGCAACAUUGGCAUGAUUAUGUUAAUUAAGAUCAGUCCACAGCUUAACAGCCCCAUGUACUUUUUUCUCAGUCAUUUGUCAUUUGUUGAUGUGUGGUUUUCCUCCAAUGUCACCCCUAAAAUGCUGGAAAAUCUGUUAUCAGAGACAAAAACUAUUUCCUAUGCUGGUUGUUUGGUGCAAUGUUUCUUUUUCAUUGCCCUUGUCCAUGUAGAAAUUUUUAUUCUUGCUGUGAUGGCCUUUGAUAGGUAUAUGGCAAUUGGGAACCCUCUGCUCUAUGACAGCAAAAUGUCUAGAGCUGUCUGUAUUCGACUGAUUUCUUUCCCUUACAUAUAUGGUUUUCUGACUAGUCUGGCAGCAACCCUCUGGACAUACGGCUUGUACUUUUGUGGGAGAAUUGAGAUCAACCACUUCUGUGCAGACCCACCUCUCAUCAAAAUGGCGUGCGCUGGGACCUUCGUAAAAGAAUAUACAAUGAUCAUACUUGCAGGCAUUAACUUCACAUAUUCUCUGACUGUCGUCACCAUUUCUUAUCUGUUCAUUCUCAUUGCCGUUCUAUGGAUGCACUCAGCCGAAGGGAGGCGGAAGGCCUUUUCCACCUGUGGGUCCCACUUGACCGCUGUCGUCAUAUUUUAUGGGACUCUCAUAUUCAUGUAUCUCAGGCGUCCCACAGAAGAGUCCGUGGAGCAGGGGAAAAUGGUGGCUGUGUUUUAUACCACAGUGAUCCCCAUGCUGAAUCCCAUGAUCUACAGUUUGAGGAACAAGGAUGUGAAAGAAGCCAUGAGCAAAGUGGCCAGCAGAACAUGCUUAACAAAAUAA